GACCAAACAACGUGAGUAAUAUGUCCUUGGAUAGCCUUUGAAGUCUAUUAUCUCAAUUGAGUGGUCUUUGUUCUAGGAGAGAAGGCUUAUCUUACAAAAAUCGAGCUGGAACGAGCAGAGGUCUGUGAACUCGAGCUGUGAGAGUGCUGAGACUGUUUGGUCAAUAUCUCGAGUUUUACAAGUCCAAUUAAGGCGUGUGAGAUACCCACAGAAAGCUCUCAAGACGAGGAAUCCGUGAAGGUCUGGUUUGCAGGAAUCGGAGUUGUGGAAGGCUUCCAAAUCGUCCGAGCAAAACACAACCUCGCAGGAGAGGAUUUAAUCUUCUAAAGAAUCGAGUUAGCCGGAAAACACCCGUUCUAGGGGCUGUUUUCGUAUCAACGAUUAAGGGUUGAACUAGCACUUUGAGGAGGCUGUUUAACACUCAUAUUUGAGCAAGGAAUCAGUCCCAAAUCCACCUUGACCAAAGAUUUGACCAUUGGACCAAGAAGGGAAAGUUUAAAGCUCAAUUGAGGUUGAGGCUAGAGCUUGCUUCCUGUGCUCGUUGAUCGAGUGAUUCCUUGGAAAGAAGACUUGAAAUGGACCGUGGUGGCAGGAUUACUAGGAGAAACCCGACGGGCCGUGUACCAGUGGAGACUGGACAGGGCAGUCGAAGGACCUCUAGGGCAUCUAGAGGAGUUGGCCGUGGAGGCCGAUCACAGACCGUGAGUGACGGUCAUGUUGACACGGAAAGUGAGACCUACUGGUCCUAUGAGGACUCGACUUACCAACCGGAAACUGAGCCGGUUGAAACCCCUUAUGAAGGGGAUGAUGAUGAUGUAAGUGAUGAGGAGGACAACGGCUCCUUAGCGCGGAUUGAGGCACUACUCCAACAAUAUCACCGUGAGCGUGAAGAGAGGAGGGAACGCCGAAGGCGCCGGGCUGGGCAACCUUCGGGCAUGGCUUCACGAGGAGGAAGUCAUGGUGCAUCUAGAGUCCAUGUGGAACCACGUGGAGGCCAAAAUGAUGGAGGUCCAACCAUAAGGAUCUCCAAAUACAUCAAAGAAGCAAGAGAUUUGGGGUGCAAACCCUUUGAUGGAGCAGGGGACAUUUCAGUGGCAGCACAAUGGAUCAAGAGGCUAAAUGAAGCGGCCCUUGACAUGCAAAUCGCGCCGAAUCUCAAACUGAGAAUUGCGGUAAGAUUGCUCGAGGGGAUGGCAUCCAAGUGGUGGGAUGGAACCAAGAACAAGUACGGUGAGACCGUCGUUUGGGAGGACUUCCAACGGGAGUUCUUUGCCCAAUACUAUUCUGAUUUCGAGGUGAAUAAGAAGGUGAGGGAAUACACCCUCCUAACCCAAGGGGGUAACAUGUCAGUGAAGGAGCUUGAGUACAAGUUCCGGGAUCUCGCCGACUACAUACCGGAGUAUGCUUGUGACGAGAACCGCAUGGUGAACCACUUUUGGGACGCUCUUGACUUGGAGAUACGUGAUAGGGCAACGCAAUUGCCUAAUAUGACUUUCGCCCAAGUGGUUGAACAAGCAUUGAAAGGGGAGAAACAGUGGGAGGAACGGAAGAAGAGAGACGCCGAGGAGGCGAAAAAGAGAAAGUGGGAGAGUCAUGGCUCCCAAGGUUCCAACAAAAAGGGGAACCAUGGAGGAGGAUCUUUCCGGGCACCACCGCCACCGUCUAGGGGGAACCAAGGCCCGAGUGGGCAAGGCUCGAGGUCACAAACCUCGGUGAUAACUCGUUGCAACAAUUGCAAGAAGAAUCACUCCGGUAAGUGUCGCGACCCCCCUAGAUGUUUCCAAUGUGGGGAUGCCGGACACUUGAAGGCGCAUUGCCCCCAGUUGGGUGGGGCAAGGACAUCGGGACCAAGUAGCGGGGCUGCGGGAAGUAGAAACCAAGCCGGGGGUUCCCAAGUAACCAGGGGGCAAGGGGGAGCAAGCGCGAGUAACGCGCCGUCCGUGAAUCAAGGAAGGACGCAAGCUAGAGUCUACGCAAUGACCGAGGCUGAUGCUCGGGCUAAUCCCGACUCCGUCGCAGGUUGAGGCUAGAGCUUGCUUCCUGUGCUCGUUGAUCGAGUGAUUCCUUGGAAAGAAGACUUGGUUCGUGCUUCCUCCAUUCUGUUUUUAAAUAAUAUUAAACUUGCUCAUGGAUAUUUUACUUUAGAGCCUGCGUGCUCAUGUUCGCCCUGUGUGGCCCUUUUGUUUUAAACAAUGUUUUCCGCUGCGUAUUCAAUUGUUUAUUAUGUAUGUUUAUGGAUGACUUAUGUGUGAAUGAUAUUCAUGACGCCUUGUAUAAUAUGAAUGUGUUGGACUGCGGUUGACUAUUCGUAUUGUACGGCGGGUUGUUGACGUGUCCGGGGAGGUCCGGGGCGUGACAUAGUAAGCCUGAAAACACUGAAGAGUUGUAUGUUUUUUCUAUUCAUAAUUUGGACUUGAGUCGUGAACGAGAAUUGUGUAUUUUUGCAUAGGGAACCCAUUGCAACUCGAAAUGAGAUCAUAUGAUGUCAUAUUCAAAAUUUAAGUCAAUCUUCGUAACUCG